GGGAUCUUUUGGCCUAGAUCCAAGCGCUGGGCGCGCAGAGGGCUCCUCCCGCCUCCCCCCUCCCGCCGCAGUGGGAGGUGCCGCGCAUCCCGGAAGAGGAGAGCGGCCACUUCCGCCUCCCGGGAGAGGAGCGGAACCGAGCGGAGCGGAGCGGGACGGGACCGGCACCGGCACCGGGCUGACACCAUGACCGCCACGCUGCGCCCGUACCUGAACGCGGUGCGCGCCACGCUGCAGGCCGCGCUGUGCCUGGAGAACUUCUCCUCGCAGGUGGUGGAGCGCCACAACAAGCCCGAGGUGGAGGUCAGGAGCAGCAAGGAGCUCCUGCUGCAGCCCGUCAUCAUCAGCAGAAACGAGAAGGAGAAGGUGCUCAUCGAGGGCUCCAUCAACUCCGUGCGCGUCAGCAUCGCCGUCAAGCAGGCUGACGAGAUCGAGAAGAUUUUGUGCCACAAGUUCAUGCGCUUCAUGAUGAUGAGGGCCGAGAAUUUCUUCAUCCUGCGCAGGAAGCCCGUGGAGGGCUACGACAUCAGCUUCCUGAUCACCAACUUCCACACGGAGCAGAUGUACAAGCACAAGCUGGUGGACUUCGUCAUCCACUUCAUGGAGGAGAUCGACAAGGAGAUCAGCGAGAUGAAGCUCUCCGUCAACGCCCGGGCCCGCAUCGUGGCGGAGGAGUUCCUCAAAAACUCCCGCCUGGUGCGGGACCAGAUGCCCUACUUCAUCUGGACCACCCGCGGCAGCGCCGUGCAGGGCCUCGUGCUGCAGCCCGAGCAGGUGGUGAACCACUACGGCCGCGUGGGCUCCUUCACCACCAAGGCUCGGGGCUGGCUCAGACCCCCCGCUGUCCCCCCCCACCCCCGUGUCCCCUUUUCCCCGUGCCCCCCGCGCAGCAGCUGGCUGGGCCAUGCCUCCCCUCCCGCAGAGGAUUUCCGCCUCACCGCCGCGCGCAGCCUGCUCAAAGUGGCGCUGGAGAGGGCUCAGGAGGUGCCCGCGGGGCCGGACGCGGCCCCAAACCCCACCGAGCCACCAGAGGGUCCGGGUGCCCAGCUGGUGGAGGAGGCGCUGCGGGUGUGCGGGCAGCACCUGGGCAGCCUCACCCACCAGGACAUCGAUGGCGACCCCAAAUCCUCCGGCACCACAGAUGCCGCGUGGGACAACUUCCUACAGGGCUACUACCGCGCUGUGCACGAGGGGGCCGUGCCGCGGCUGAGCGGGGCGCAGCGGGAGCAGGGCCAGCUCCUGCUGCAGCGCCUGGCGGGGCGCCUGCCCCAGCUGUGCAUGGAGGGCGACCAAAACGUCUGGAUCCUCAAACCCGCAGCCGCGUCCCGGGGGAGAGGUAGCAGAGGGCAAGAUGGGGACAACGGGGACAGAAAGGGGGGGUCCCCACACGGUGCCGUGCCCGCAGGCAUCACGUGCACGGCGCGGCUGGGCGAGGUGCUGCGGCUGGCGGGCCAGGCGGCGCGGGAGGGCCGCUGGGUGGUGCAGAAAUACGUGGAGCGCCCGCUGCUCAUCUUCGGCACCAAGUUCGACGUGCGCCAGUGGUUCCUGGUGACCGACUGGAACCCGCUCACCGUCUGGUUCUACCGCCGCUGCUACCUGCGCUUCUGCUCCCAGCCCUUCUCCCUGCGCCAAAUGGACGCCGCCGUCCACCUCUGCAACCAGGCCAUCCAGCAACGCUGCAGGCCCGGGGGGGCCCAGCACCCCCGGCUGCCCCCCGACAAGACGUGGUCGUGCCGGCAGCUGCAGGCGUACCUGGCGCAGCGCGGGCAGGAGGGCGCCUGGGGCUCGGUGAUGGUGCCGGGCAUGAAGGCGGCGGUGGUGCGGGCGGUGCGCUGCUCGCAGGGUUUGGUGAGGGGUCGGAAGGGCAGCUUCGAGCUCUACGGGGCCGAUUUUGUUUUCGGGGAGGAUUUUCGGCCCUGGCUGCUGGAGAUCAACGCCAGCCCCACCAUGGCCGGCAGCACGGCGGUGACGGGGCGGCUGUGCGCCGGGGUGCAGCGCGACACGCUGCGCGUCGUCAUCGACCGCAGGGAGCACCCCAACUGCUCCACCGGGGCCUUCGAGCUCAUCUACAAGCAGGCGGCCGUGCCCACCCCUCCCUACCUGGGGCUGAAGCUGGCGGUGGAGGGCUGCUCGCUGCGGAGACCCCGCUGCGCCCACAAGCCCCCCGGCACCACGGCGAGCACCCGUGACCCCCCCGGGAAGCCGUGGACUCCUUCGUGCCCCCCCCUGCACCCUCCACCCACAGCAGGGGGGGCAGAGGAUGGGGCCGGUGCUGUGGGACCCUGGGGGCGGGGGCAGCGGCGCUGCCAGCCCUCGGUGGCUCUGCCCCUGCUCGGUGCCCCCGGCCCCAUCCUGCCCCCCCGGGGAGCCCCCCCCAGCCGCCAGGGCCGGGCUCGCCUCAGCCCCCUGCCCCUGCUGCCGGCAGCUCAGCCCUGGGGGGGGGAGAAGGUGCAGGGGGGGGGCAGGGGGGACGAAGAGGAGCCGUGACGCACCCACCUGGCCCCCCCCCAUCUCCCCCAGUGGCUCCAGGGGGGGGCAAAAUACAGCUGUGAGAAGA